CCACAGCCGCAGUCUCACCGCUCACCUCCAUCGACACACCAACAACCUGCCAAGCUACUUCGCUCGCACGCAACCAUGGUGGCCGACGGAACUCACGCAGGGAUCUUCGCCGCCGACAGGUUACAACAACAGCAACAGGGCGCGGGGUCGCCUCCCAAUUCUCCUUCGCCCCGCGACAACGACACGGCAACAGCACCCGCCAUUGACGAGGCCUGCGGCGCGCCGCCACCCACGACGCCUGCCACCUCCGCCGACUCCGUCUCGCAUUCCGCGGCGGCCAUUCAGGCAACGCGGAGUGGCGGAGCGAGGCGCUUCGACGUCGACCGGCUGGCCGUGGAGACCGCGGAUUUCAUCUCGGACUACAUGGCCCAUCUAACGCCGACGGAACAGCCGCCCCACCACCAGCAGCAGCAGCAGCAACUUUCUGCCGCUUCAAAGCUUCUCAAAAGUAUGGGAGACUCGCUCCUGGAGCAACACCGCGCCGCCAUCUCGGGCAUGGUGAGCCGCGUGGAGGCCCAGACGGACUCCGAGGAGCUGCGCGGCUCGGCGCUCGGCGUCGCCCGGGAGAUGUUCUCCGACGGGCACAUGAACUGGGGCCGCGUGGUCGCGCUGGUGGUGUUCUGCGCGCUGCUCGUCAAGAGGCUGAAAGCCAGCGGGCGGCUGAGCGACGCCGAGGCGAGGGCCGUGGCGGACGAGGUGGCCGCCUUCCUGGUGUCCUCGCGGAGGGCCUGGUUCGUGCAGCAGGGAGGCUGGGUGAGCCACGCACUUGGUCGAGACACGACGCGGUCGGCGGUGGAGAUGUGCGACUUGGUUGUGAUUGAUUGGUGAUGGAUACUGAUCGUU